CAUGGAAGCAACACGUGCAGGCAAAUCAGCUGUUCUAGAUUUAAAGAAGCAGAUUCAAUCUAAACAAAUUAAUUGAUUAAUUGUAAUAUUUUCUACUAAUUAUUAAUUUUAAAACAUAAAUUCGAUUCAUAAUGUCGGCGAACAAAAAGAAGAACCUGAAUGCUAUGGAAGAAGACCCAGUUGCCGAUGACUCGGACAGUUCAAGUGAGGAGGAUGAUGAUGAUGAGCCACAUCCUGACGCUUAUACCGGCAAUGAGGAAGUGGAAAUUGAUUUUGAAGGUCGUGCGCCUACUGAUCCUGAUUGCCAUGGAAUUUCACAACUUCUACAGCGCGUGUUUUUGCGUGCGCCAGUUAACACAAUGCAAAUGGCAGAUAUGAUAAUUGCACAAAAUUAUGUCGGCAGUGUUAUAUGCCAAUGUGAACCAGAUGGUGCUGAGAGUGACAUGGACGAUGAUAUGGUUGAGGAAGGCACAAUAUUUGGUAUUACAACCGUUAUUAAUAUGACAGCCAAAAAGGACAUUGGUUGUAUAGAGCAAUUGCGUGGAUAUAUAAUACAACGCGCUGAAAAGCAUGCGACAGAUUCAGUAUUGACACACCUACGAGAUGUGCUGGGAAAUGAUGGACGACCAGUAGGAUUUCUUAUCAAUGAACGUUUCAUAAAUAUACCAGCACAGAUAUCCGUACCGUUGCUGGAGAAUUUACAUAAAGAAGUGCUAGUGGCUAAACAGAAGGGCAUGCAAUUUAACUUUAGUUACUUUGUAAUGAUUAUCAAGUUGUAUCGCAAAGAACCACGCAAAGGAAAGCCUGCUGAAGAUACGUAUACGAAUGCUGAAGAAGAAGUGAUAUGUUCAAAGGCUGUAAAUUCCUUUGAGUAUUCCGUGGCAGACGAGUGCGAUGCAGGCAUGAGUGGAGAUUGGUUAGAAGGUGACGCGACAUUAACACCCUAUCGCAAAAUUAUUUUACUUGACGCAAAGGAGCUACCACAUUUAAUUGACGAUAUUAGAAAUUAUAUCAAUGGAGUGUAAAUAUUAUAAUAAAAAGUUAUAUAUGUACAUAAUA